GAAGACGCAAAUAAAAAGCUAUGCUGGACACCUGGUCUUCUCUGUCGUGCCUUGCAACGCGCUCCUCUAGUUCAAAAAGAUCCUAGAUUCCUUACCGCAGCUCAGAAAGUGUUUGUAGCGAGUAAGAGGAAAUGGGAUGUCAAUCAAACGGUGCAGUUCAUGGAGCGCCUACAACACUGUGUUGUUAAUGGUGGAUUGCCUGCAAUUGGAACUUUUGGGGUUUUUCCGGGGCUAUUAGUACGAGGAGAAGGACUUUCUGGAAGCGAGCAGAGUGCAGCAACGCGGAG